GCUGUGGGGGGCGGUGCCAUCGCUUGGGGCAUGCGGCAUCCGCCUCUGCGCAGCGGCCGCGGCCAUGAGGCGGUCGGCGCGGAGCCUCCGCCCGCCGCCAGGCCCUUUGUUUCUUAGGGUCAGGGGUUGCUCUUGCUCUCCGCCCUCCUCUCUCCUCCUCCUCCUCCUCUGCCGCCGCUCUUGAUGGCAGGGGCGGCUUGAACCCGCCUGAAGGGAGGAGGAGAAGGGAGGAGGAGCAGCAGCAGCUGUUGCCGCCGCUGCCCAGGAUGCGAUGGGGAACUGCUGGGCGCAGUGGUGCUGCGGGCUCUUCCUUCGGAGGGAAGCUGGGAGGCUGCAGCGAGGCGGAGGAUCAAAGUAUUUUAGAACAUGUCCAAGAGGAGAACACUUCACUAUAGAGUUUGAGAACCUAGUGGAAAGUGAUGAGGGUGAAAGCCCAGCAAGUAGUCACAGACCUCUGACUGAGGAGGAGAUUGCUGACCUGAAAGAGAGACAUUAUGACUCCAUUGCUGAGAAGCAGAGAGUUGUUGAUAUGAAACUGCAGUCAGAGUUAGCCUUACAAGAGGAGAAGUUAAGAAUAGAAGAGGAGGCUUUAUAUGCUGCACAACGUGAAGCAGCCAGGGCAGCAAAGCAGAAAAAGCUCUUGGAGCAACGUAGACAGCAAAGGAUAACGCAGAGAGCACAUGCUGUUAAUAAUGGAGAAUAUCAGAGCUCUGUGGCAGAGGAAGAUUUUGAUCCUUUCUUAAGAAAUACAAAAUUCCAGUAUGAAGCAUUUCGGAGCAGUAGGCUUUCAUCUGAUGCUACAGUGCUGACACCCAACACAGAGAGCAGUUGUGACUUAAUGACCAAAACCAAAUCAACGAGUGGAAAUGAUGACAGCACCUCAUUAGAUUUAGAGUGGGAGGAUGAAGAAGGGAUGAACAGGAUGAUUCCCUUGAGGGAACGCUCCAAAACAGAAGAAGACAUCCUGCGGGCAGCACUGAAAUUCAACCCCAGGAAGCCUGGAAGUCACCCAGCCUCAGCCUCUGAUGAUUCCAAUGGAUUGGAGUGGGAGAAUGACUUUGUUAGUGCUGAAAUGGAUGAUAAUGGCAACUCGGAAUACGCUGGAUUUGUGAACCCUGUGUUAGAUUUGUCAGGGGUCAGGGUGUCUGACCCUGAUCAUCAGGACAGGUAGUGGGACGUGGCCCUUCUCACUGACCAAACUUUGGGAAGGGAAAACAGAAUGUACAAAAAAAAACAAAAAACAAAAACAUUUUGCUCUUUUGUAACGUGGUUCCCUUUUUCUUAGGAAUGGAUUGGCAAGGAAUGGGAGUGACUUGCUAUCUGAAUUGACUCAGAAUUAAGUGCAAUUUUAUCGUCUACCUUCUGAACUUUUAUGAGAACUGGGAUGAUUCUAUUGUGUAUAUUUCUGCAUACCUAGAUUUAAUAUAAAAUUGUCUGCACUAAUUUAAGCUUCAUAGCUUGACAUAUCUCUAUUUUAACUAUAGCCUUUUUUUCUGGAUGAUGUUUCUACUGAUUUUGUUUUUAAAAUUCAUCGUUGGCUUAAUGUUUAUCUCAGAAACAGUCUUCUGUAAUUUAUCCAAUACUUGAAUAUAGAAAAAUAAUUUAAAAAAAAAUUAUUUCCAAUAUGUGCUUUUUGACUUGUUCUUUAGCUAUUUAGAAGAUGUACUUAGCCAGCUGCAAAGCAAUUUUCACACAUGGUAAACUGCAGGUUUUCCCUGCUUAGCUUACAGUCUUCCUAGCCGUGUCCUUUUUUCAUUUAUUUUAUUUUUUUAUUACUUUAUGCUAAGCAAAGUUAACCUCAGUAAACCUAGUAUAAAUCACCAGGGUAGGUAUGAUGUUGUCUUGUAUAAUAUGCCAGAUUUAGUGUGUGCUAGAUAGGAAAAAAACCCAAACAACCAAAAAAACCUAUAAAAAUUCUUUUAUGUGUCAAACUGGACAUUUUAACCAGUAUCUACUGGAGGAACUGGGAGGACCAAAGUCUUGAUUCCCCUGCCCCCCCAACAGACCAACAUCUGUUACUACACAGCCCUUAAACUUCUUUAAAACUUUUCCACUUCUUUAGGUGUGGAAAAUUAGGUGUGGAGAUACAAUUCAGCUCAACUGGAACUAUUUUUGAUAAACAACAUCCUCUGAGCAAACUGAGUGAGGGAUGAUUGCUCCGCUGCUGGGGUGGGGACAACAAGGACCUAAAGACUCAAUGCCUGUAUCUGCAUUUUAUAAAGAAGAACUAAAAAAACCCAGAAGUUACAAAACAAUGUGUUUAAGUGCUGGAGCUUCCCUGUGCCUCUAAACUGGGUGGUUAACACUGCUAAUGGAGACUGAAAUUCAAGGAGCUGUUCAGUUACUGCCAAUCUGGUGUCAGGUACUGUGUGGCAUCCCCUGGUAUUUAAUGUAAGUUAAUAGUCUGAAAAAAAGAAACAAAUAGAAAAAUCUCACUGAAGAGACUGUGUAAAACAGGUGUAGAUCUCAAGCUUUCCCCAAAGUCGGAGUAAAGCCACCCUCCUCUCCUGUUACUUUGUGUAGCUGGCUUGGUUUUUCCUGAAAAAGCAGGAGGGGGAUGAGAUGUGACUUCUGCAGCUUUUGCUCCACAGUGGUGACACUGUAAAUCUGCAUCAUCAGAAAACCUGAACUGGAAGGUUGGGUGUUUUGUAUGCUCUGAGCUUAUAUAUAAUUCCAGGGUCACUACAGCCUGCUCCUCCUCAUGGUGACCUGAACAAAGCCACUGCACGCUCGGGUUAAAGUCUGUACAAAUCUCAAAGCUAAUGGAGCAGAUCAGUCUUGUUGAUGACAUUCCAUUUCUUAAUUUAACUUCUAGCAAAGCCACUGGGAAUAUUUUAAUGUAAAGAUCUAUGUUUGCAAUGCCUGUAAGAAGCUUUAAAAAUUUGUACACCUCAAAUGUAUAUUUUUGGUUUGGCAUAAGCUACUACUGUGUAACUUCUCCUGACCAUUGAUUUGUAGAAUACAUUCCUAUGGAAACAAAAGCAACUUUCUCAACAUGUAAAUAAGACUUUUUUCCCCUGCUGAGACUAAUUGACCCUGCAGUGCUCACUGCUUUUCCUGACCAGUGAACAUGAGGUUAACUUGCCCUGCCCAUGCCUUGAAGAAGUAAAUUACCAAUAAUCCUGCUAGAGUGAAAAGGAAAAGGAAGCUGACUCCAGCUGAAGGCUUUUGACUCUGACAGGCAUGUUCUGGAGCCAUGGUUUAUUAAAUAUGGUUUUUUUUUUCUGCUUUUCAGAGCUCAGGACACCACACUGAGCGACUUGCGAAAUUGUGGUCUAUAUGUGUGGAAAUUUAGGCAACUGAAAGAUGCAACUCUUUGAUAAAAACAGUUUGUGGAAAAAAUUCAACGGUACUGUAAAAUGCAUUACCUGUACAAACUUAAAAGUCAUUAAAAUUUUCAGCCAGUCUU